GACAAUCCUCUCUAAUUCUCUCUUUUCUCAUCAUCUACUCCAAGCUCCAACAACGCAGUACCUGACAGUCAACCAUGACCUCAUCCUCAAACCCAUUCGUCCUCAGCCGGCCGAUAUCGAGCCCAUACGCGUCUUUGAUCGCAAGACGUCGGCCAGCUCCAGCUCCAGCUCCUGUUGAUGUCGACUUCACGGUUCGUUUGUCGGUUUGGAAACGAGGAUCUUGUCAGACGAAUUCUCAUCUCGCCAACCACAUCCGCUACAUUCUUCAGGAAAUAGACGGGAGAGGAGAAAAUUCAAACCCUUGGACUGUUACUGCUUUGCCUCGUUCCACUUAUCCAGUGGGGCCGUUGCCUCAACCAAUACAGGCGGAUAUUUCAUGCCGUAGCAUGGAGAUCUUGUUAUCGGAACCGUCCAGCCUAGAGGAUGCAUACGAGGACCGAAUGGAACUUGUGAACUGGUUGUUCCGACACUUUCGGGCAUUUAUGAGCAACCAAGACUAUGUGGAGUCAAUCUACUCUGACCGCCUAAUCGGCUUCGCACUCAAUUAUCCGUCGAUUCCAAAUGGGGAGACUUCCUAUAUCAGACUCAACGUUCAGGAGUUCCACCUCCCAGAAAUCAAAGAGUGGGAAAAAAUCAAGACCGAAUUUGUUCGAACUAAGUUCUACCAUGGACCUCUCCUGGCCUUGGAUCGCGUGGCAGAGGUCGUGAAAGCCUACAAAGAAAUGAUACAAGAGAUUCCGAAUGACACUUUCCCAGAUAUCUAUGCUAAGAUAGGACUGGCUGCCACAAAAGCAGCAGCUGGGGUGCUACCUGAUUUAAUGGAAAAGCAUUCUUUGUUGAAAGAUAUCGAUCGAUCUACUGUCGAUGAUUUAAUUUAUCGAUACACCCCGCCAGUGGUACGAUGUAUGGAAGAAGUUUUAGACGCUUUGGAGAACAUGGCUAUGGAUACCAAGUCGAGGGAGCCAUGUCCUCGUCAAACUUACGACGUGCUUUCAAAGAUAUACCAGCUUAAGCGAAAGACUCCAGCGCUUACUGCCAUGCUGAUGUUUCUCGCGGAUAAGAAGGCACAACAGAAAUUUAUAUGGGGCACCGCUGCUGAUUUAAUCGUUUUCAGUGGCAUUAUAUUAUGUGCCGCGCCCGUUACAGCAGGCUUCUAUUCUCCUACUGCAUUUCAAUUGAUGAGUUCCUUCUUUUUCAGGAAAAGAAAAACAAUCUGAACCUUGGCAACUGAAAUUCUGUGCUCUAAAUCUGGCCCGAUAGGCUUAGAUUAAACUUACUCGACAAAUCUCUUGGGUCAUUGAUAAUCGGUAUCA